AUGGUGCAUGAGACAAAAUAUUACGAUAUUUUGGGUGUAAGCCCGAAUGCAACUUUGGAAGAAAUAAAAAAGGCCUACAGGAGGCUUGCGUUACAGUACCAUCCAGACAAAAGCCGAGAUAAUGGAGAAAAAUUCAAAGAAAUUUCACAGGCGUUUGAGGUUAUCAGUGAUCCCAAAAAGCGCCGUAUUUACGAUGAAGGUGGUGAACAAGCCAUCAAAGAAGGUGGAGUCGAUGUUGGUGGCUUCCACAAUCCCAUGGAUCUAUUCGAGAUGUUUUUUGGCGGGGGUGGCCGCAGUCGAGGGGCACGAAAAGGAAAAGAUGCAGUUUUUCAGCUUUCUGUAAAGCUGGAAGAAUUGUACUCUGGUGCCGUGCGAAAAUUGUCGAUAACUCGCAACAAUAUAUGUGCAAAGUGCGAGGGUCGUGGUGGUAAACCGGGUGCUGUCCAGACAUGUAAAACCUGCCGUGGAACGGGUAUUCAGACUCACAUCAGGCAACUAGCCCCCGGCUAUGUACAACAGAUUCAGAGCACGUGCUCAACUUGUAGAGGAGAGCGAGAGGUUAUUGACCCGAAGGACUGUUGCAAAGCUUGCGAAGGGAAAAAAGUUGUACGGGAAAAGAAAGUGAUUGAGGUAGCAAUCGCGAUCGGUAUGGCUGAUGGAGAGCGCAUUAAAUUCGCUGGGGAGGGGGAUCGUGAGCCGGGGCUUGAACCUGGUGACGUUAUAAUCGUUCUUGACGAGCAGGCUCACGAUCGGUUCAUCCGUCGUCGCAUGGAUCUCAUCUACACCCUCACACUUACCCUCAGCGAAGCCCUCUGCGGUUUCACUAGAACUAUUGAUACAUUGGACAACCGGACUUUGCUUUUGCAUUCGAAGCCAGGUGAAGUUUUUAAGGGCUCAGAGUUCCGAGCGAUUGAGGGCGAGGGUAUGCCCAAGUACAAAUCUCCAUUUGAAAAAGGACGGCUGAUAGUGAAAUUCCAAGUCGUCUUCCCUCCCAAUGAUUUCCUUCCACCGGCCAAACUGAAUCAGCUCCGCGAAUUACUUCCACCUCCUGACCAUGUGGAUGAUGUACCUGAGGACGCGGAGGAGGUGGUUUUGCAUCCUUUCGAUCCA